AGGCCUUUGCUUGGCAUGAAAUAAGAAUAGUAUAUACUAACCGUUUUUCCGCUACAAUAGCUUUGGCGCGCCGAAGAUGGUUUUUUGAUCAAUAAACGAUCCGGUUUAGGUAAGAAUGACGUGAUAACGCACGGGCUUGAUGCUUACCUGAUAUUUUAAGUUAUGGAUGUCCGUGGAGGCGACCUCAAGUCGGAUACAGCAAUUGUACAAUAUUCUAGAAAGAUGACAAUGGCACAUAACCAACGAUUUGGUUACCGUGAUGGCUUUGUUUACUGCUUGGCUGACCCUCGUUUGGUGAUGGAUAUUAGGGGUGGUGGAAACAAGGAAGGCACUCGUAUCAUUUUGUAUAAGCGAAAAGAUUCCGAUAAUCAUAACCAAAAGUGGACUAUUGUCCCUGUAGGCGAACCUCAACAUGGUGAUGGCCAAGUUCCUUAUUACCCUCCACCUGACUAUCCCCAACAACAACAAGGCUAUCCUCAGUACCCCCAAUCUCAACAACCACCCGGUUAUCCACAGUACCCUCAGCAGCAACAAGGCCAAAACUACCCUUAUUAUCCUCCUCCUAGCGGACAAUCUUACGGUUAUGGCCAACCUGAUAGCCAAUAUGGUGGUAAUCCCUAUCCAUCCUAUGAAGACGCCUCUCGAGCUCAUAAUGAGGUCUACAACGAAGGCCGAAAGGCACACCUCUCCCACCAAUUGAUUGCUGGUGCGGCUGCAUUCGAAGCUGUCAAGGCAUACGCUCGUCAUCAAGCUCGCCAAGGCGAACCCAUGUCGCAUGCAUUCAUCAAGCAGAGUGUGGCUGCAUUAGCUGCUGCUGAAGUAGUCAAACUUGCUGAAGAGCACAACUGGUCCGGCGAUCAAAAAGAAAAGGCAACUCGCGAGGCUCAAGAGGCUGCAGAAAAGUAUGCAUCGCGCGAGUUUCAGUUUUAAUGAAGAUUACAAUAAAGAGUGAAUUUUGCUGUGUCCUGCCAAUAUGAUGUAAUAUUACAUGAAGCAUCACCGAUCUAUGCAUAUUUUUGUGCAGAUGAACACAGUACUGCCAUAUAAAGGUCCAUUUUCCUUUUUGCUCUUUACA